AAAACCCAACAAGCAGAAUGGCAAAAGUGCAAUUUUUAGGGUUGGGAUGGGGAGGAAAUGGGAGAAAAGCCUGGCACCCAAAUUUAAUUCGGAGCCAUCUCGCACAAUCGUGACUCAUCUCCCUCAUGCUCAUGGGCAAUUCCGUGUUCGUCUCGAUGUUUAUGCCCAUCUCUUUCAAUGCUUCAUGUCCCUUCUCCCUCAUGUUUCCAUGUGUGAAUGUGUAUAUCAUAUCAUACUCUUUACUCAUCAGACUUUCUCGAAGCCUCAGUGCCUUCUUUGCCUCUUUCUGCAAUCCAUUGCCUCGUCCUCACCUCGAUCUCCCCUUGCAUUCCUCAUCUUGGUGCAUUCCAUUGUCCCAGUCUAGCUUGAAGUUGGAGGACAAUCGGUCCUAGACACAGCUCUGCAUGAGUGGACGUGGAGGUGUUUGAAGCUGGGAGUGGAAAACCCUCGGGUGUAAAGUUCGGGGUGAUCCGGAACUGUCGUUUGGCGCAUGGGUUGAGGGGGCAGGUGGAGCUGUGGAGAAGUUUUAAGGGAUGUGAGAGGGGUGAGAAGUUAUUCCGCACUACCGACAUCGCCAGAAAGGAUCGCCUCUAUCUAUAUACGCAUGCGUGGAUUUGAUCCUAGUUGGUGAUCAACAAGAGGAAGAAAUAUGCUAGGGUCAACGGCCCGCCGUCCGGGGUUGCCAAUCAGGCGACCCCCUGGGACUUCACAACUUGGCAUCAGCGUCACUCCACCUCCCAAACCUCGAUUUUCCCCCAUGGUUUCCAUCUGCUUCCUAGCAGUGGGUGCAAUCCUGCUGUUUGGUUAUUCGUAUGGAGAUUUGGGUAACCUUCUUAUUUGAUAUGGAAUUUUCUGCGUUUUAUCUACCUUUCCUAUUUUUCCAGAGUCCACAGUCCAAUGAUCCCGAGAUAAAGGUUACAGAGGUCAAGGAUACAGGUGCCAAAGAAGUAACGCAAACGACGCCCGAUAACGAUAUUGAGGAGGAACCUCAGCUUGUUUGGGAUGGUGUCAAAGCUUCAUCACAAUCUGAGUGCACAGCAUCUGUAUGUGGGGUUAUAGAUGUUCUUCAAGACAUGUAUGGAAAGAAUAUGCUCCGUUUACUUCACAUUGGUCCUGGGACUUGUGGAAUUGUCUCUAAGCUCUUGGAAGAGAGUAGCUCUGAAGUGUGGGGUGUCCAGCCUUUCCCAAUGAAAUCACCUGUUCAGAAAAAAUGUCAAACCCUCGUCAAGAAGGGCCUUAUCCGAGUUGCAGAAGUUAACCAAGUAUUGCCAUACCGCUCUCGCUCUUUCUCAUUUGUUUUAGUAACAGACAUUCUGGACGUCAUGAAAAAGCGAGACUUAAAUACCACCCUACCUGAGCUCUCACGGUUAUCAGCGCAUGAUCUCGUUGUGAUUGUAGGCAAUGGCAGACCACAGCCAAUCGAAAAUACGGCGUUAGCUGGACAACUUGGAAAAUUUAACAAACCAAGGACGCGAGAUUGGUGGUUGCAACAGUUCCAUGCAGCUGGUUUGAAAGAAGAUGAAGAAAAGAAGACUCACUUCGAGGUAGCCGUUUCGGAGCGUGGAAAUAAGUCCAGCUUUCACAUCUUCCACUUGAUCGUUCCCUCCUUCAGCAGUCCGAUAUAGGUAGUCGACCUGAAAACUCUUAAGUUAUUUCAAAUGUCAGUGUUUGAUGGAAGAAUGGUGCUCAUGAAGUGCCUCAUUUUUUUCUGUAUUAAAUAGAGUUUAGAGAGACUUUCAUGUGAUGGUGAAUGGCUCCAGGUCAGGUAUGUAGUCCCUGAUGACACUGUUUGUAUCGGACAAAACUUAGGUUGUUUAUUUAACUUUAACUAGCUGAAUGUCAAGCUUUAAACAUAGAAAUUGGUUUUGGCAUUAAUACCAUGCAUCACAAUGCUGCCUUAACUGAGAAUCCUGGUCAAAGGAGACCCUUGACUUGUGGCAAGGUGCCGUAAUGCGCUGAUAGCUACACUUAACUUUUGUUGGUUUUAUAUUUCAUCAUUCUUGACACCAUUCAUCGGUAUUAUUGUACUAGUGAACUUUUCAUUACCAUGUGGGCAGCCUGGUGAGAACAAUUGGUUCACCACAAUUUGAA